AUGACUUCAGAAAACCAAACUUCUAAGAAUGAAUUCAUCCUCCUAGGCUUCUCCAACACUGCUGGACUCCAGAUUUUUCUUCUUGUACUCUUCCUGUUGGCCUACAUCUUAACCAUAAGUGGGAAUGUCACAAUAAUCACCAUUGUCCAGCUUCAUCAGCAGCUCCAAAUCCCCAUGUAUUUAUUCCUUAGCCACUUAUCCUUGAUGGAAAUAGGACACAUGACAAAUACCAUCCCAAAAAUGAUGGUUGACUUCUUAAAGGACAAAAAGAUUAUCAGCCCCAUUGGUUGCUUCACACAGCUUUAUUUCAACCUCUUUCUGGGGCUUACAGAGAACUUCCUCUUGGUAAUGAUGGCCUAUGACCGCUAUCUAGCCAUUUGCAACCCUAUGAAUUACACUACCAUAAUGAGCAGUCGAGUUUGCAGGUUCUUGAUCCUUGGAUGUUGGUUUGGAGGGUUGCUUGCCCCAUUGCCCCCAACCAUUGUUCUUUUUAGGCUUGAUUUCUGUGGGCCCAAUGUGAUCAACCAUUUCUUUUGUGAUCUAGCCCCAGUACUGAUUCUUCCAUGUGGUGACAAAUCGUUCAUUGAAUUUGCCUUCUUCAUGUGUAUUUCUUCCAUGGUCUUGGGUUGCUUUCUUGUGAUAACAGCAUCGUACGUCAAAAUCAUUGUAACUGUAUUGAAGAUGCCAUCCACUGGAAGAAGACAUAAAGCAAUCUCCACUUGUACAGCCCAUGUUAGUGUAGUAUUAAUAUAUUAUUGCUCAGUCAUCUAUAUGUAUGUGAGGCCUUCAGUGAGGGACAUUCAUGAUUCGGACAAAGUAGUGUCUGUGUUCUACUGUGUGGUGACACCAUUUCUGAACCCUUUCAUCUAUAGCUUGAGAAAUGCCAAGGUCCAUGAGGCAUUCAAAAACAUAAUAGCAAGAAGGAGAAUUUCCUAUUAA